AUGGUGUCAAAUGAUAGUAGCAACAAUGAGCUUUUUUUAGUAUUAACAGAGCGAAGUGGAAUGCGCAUGGCCUGUGAUCAAAAUUACAUUUAUGUGAUUGGUGGUUUUUCACCAGAUCGCCAGCCUCCACUUGCUGAGGAAAUUUGGUGUUUCAAUGUCUUGACCGAUGUUUGGAAAUUGGUGCCGAUUCCAAAAAAGAACUUUCCGGAAGGGCUUGCAUCAUUUGCAUGUUGCUAUUUUGGUGAGCGUAAUUUGACCGAAUUUUAUAUGUUCGGAGGCACUGCUAUACCAUUUGGUACGAGAGCUACCAAUGAUGUUAAUGUCUUAAAACGCUCGAGAAAUGGAGUUUUCAAGUGGGAAAGGCUAAGAACUGAAGGAGAUGUUCCAUUGAAGCAAUAUGGUUCUAGUGUUGUUCAUCAUAAAGGAAAAUUUUAUGUCAUUGGAGGAACAACUGGCUGGGAAUAUAAUUUAGAAGUUCACAGCUUGGAACCUGCAUUUGAUAAUGCGGAAAUUAAAAGCAUAGAUCAAUUGAAACCAGUUUGCUGGAAUUGGAAACUACUUCAUGAUGGAUCUCAAAUGAUUGGGCGAUAUAGACAUGAAGCUUUAGUAACUGGAGAUGAGAUAGUUCUCAUUGGUGGAGGUACGCCAGAAUGGACUUCGACUUUAAUGCAGUUAUUGGUUUUUACUAUAGCGGAAAACAAGUUCCGCAUUCAGAUGACUUCACCUGAUCCCAUCCAUGGCUAUCCAGAAAGCCGUUUGUACCAUGGAUGCGUUAAAGUAGAUGACUGCGCUUACAUUGUUGGUGGUUGUACCGAGAAAAUUGUCAUGCACAACUUCGUCAAUCAAUUAGUUCGGCGACCCAAGUUGCUUCAAGAUUGCUGGAUGCUUGAUCUCAAGAAAUGGUGUUGGAAACUUCUGCCCUGUAAACUAAAUGGGGAGCUUUGUUUUCAUGCAAUGACUGCCACUCCUGAAGGUUGUAUAUAUGUUUUCGGUGGUACAGUAGAUAACAUGUUUGAAAGACGAUCAAAUGAAUUGCAGAGAAUAUGGUUAAAACCUCCAAGUUUGUUUCACAUUGCUGCGCGCGCUGUACUAAAACACUACCCUCGUUUUUUAGAACUUUUCGAGAAUGUGACAAUGAACAAUGUAGUAGAUUGCGUGCAUUCUUUGAUUGUCUGA